UUGCAGUGUCAGCAAUGGCCACCAUCAGUCAGCUCAUGCAAACUGAUAAAAGCCAACACUCUGAAGACACUUAUGAUGCCCUUGAGAGACUCACUAAGACUUUGGAGGAUUUUGCUUUGAACGUAAGUAGCAUGAACUCUAGUACACUGGUGCAGCCAAACCUAGUGGUGCAACACAUCAAGUUGUCAAAGUGGAGCCCGGAAGUGCAAUUCUUCGCUCAAACAGGACUGUCAGAGAAAUUUAGUCCUGAAGGAAUAGGUCUGGUUGGAGACGCUGCAAACAAGACUUCCCCUUCAGGACGUCCCGUUGAUCUCAUGUUAACUAUCAAACUGCAAAACAAUUCCCAGAAAGAUUGGGGGAAGAAAAAUCUAAGUAUUGGAGUGGUGCUUUAUGAAAACGACCGUUUUUUCAACUCAAAACAGUUUAAUAGCCAACUAGAUACGAAGAGAAGGGUCAUCUCUGCUAGCCUCACAGACAAAAGCUUGCUUGAUAACGUGAAGUUCGCCAUUAGGCCCAAGAAUAUAUCCAGCAUGACAUUUGGCGACUUUGCAUGUGUGUUUUGGGACUACGCUCAUAGAGACUGGAGAACAGAGGGCUGCGUCAAAAUACAAGAUCCCAGUGGUGUCCAGUGUAAAUGCAACCACACCACCAACUUUGCAGUUCUAAUGAGCUUUAGAGCAGACUAUAAUUAUUCCGAGGCUUUAAACUGGAUCAGUAUUGUGGGAUGCAGUCUGUCUAUUGUGGGUUUGAUCCUCACUACAGUUUAUCAAAUUAAGACCAGGAAACUGAGAGGAGCCAACUCCACUAUGCUCUUAGUGAACAUCUGUUUGUGCAUGACCACCUAUUACCUGCUGUUCAUUUUUGGAAUCAACAACCCCGUCCCGAGCUCAAAGGCCUCUGUUUCAGAGCAGAACGUUGUUCCUUCUUCAGAUAUGCAACCGAAUGUUGAUCAGGGUCCUUGUACGGCAAUCACAGCUCUGCUGCAGUACUUCCUGCUGGCCACGUUUGCCUGGAACAUCAUGUAUGCGGCUCACGUGUUUUUCCUCAUCAGAAACGCCCUCAGCGGUCCACCACGAGGUUUCCGCAUCAUCGCCAUGACAGCCGGCUGGGGUCUGCCUGCUGUUAUUGUCGGCAUUUCGCUGGCUACCACCUACAGCUUUAAGGACCCUUCAGGUUAUCGACAAGAAGAGUUCUGUUGGUUGGCGUCUCUGGACAAGGCGGGAACGUUUGAUCCGAAGCGGCCGAUGUUAUGGGGUUUCUUGCUCCCUCUAGCGGUCAUGUUGUGUUUUAACACAGCUCUGCUUGUUUACUUCUCUCAAACCAUCUGCCGUGCAAAUCCCAACCUGAAGAGCUCACGAACCACUCCUUUAAAGAAGAAGAUUUUGAGUAGUUUCUCUCUGGCUGUGGUGCUCGGUUUGUCCUGGAUCAUUGGUUACUUUGUGCUCAUCACCCAUGACAAAACACUCUACAUCAUUCUCAGUGUGGUCUUCUGUCUCUGCAAUACAACACAGGGUGUUCAGAUUUUCUUUUUAUUCACACUGAAGUCUUUUCUAAAGACGAGAGCUCGAUAUAAUCUGGAUUCUAAGACUGAAUCAGGGGGAGAGCCUUAACAUGGAAAAUGGACAGAAAAAGCCAAGGACAAGACAAGAUUGCAAGAUUCCCUUUGUUUGCUGAAAUUUAUUUUAGUUCAGUUUAAUAUUAUUUAAUACAUUAUUAAAUUAUCUCAUAUACUCUCAUUAGGUACUGUACAGGUUGAUUGUACUUAAAAAUGUAGAUCAUUUCAACCUAAAUUACAUUAAAUUAAUUAGUUGAACCUUGUAUAACAAAGUUGAAAAUUGCAUGACUUAUUUUGAUGAGUUAAGCAAUGUAAAAGCAUAUGUUGUCAUUACUUUUUGAUCACAUAAUUUGUUACAGUGUUUAGUAAACUUUAGAUAUUAUAAUAUAACAUAAUAUGCAAACAGUCUUUUCAAAA